AUGGCUUGCCAACCCACCCUUAUCGGUCUUCCUCCUGAGAUGAAGGCCGAGAUUGUUACUCACCUCGAGUUCCGCGACACCAUCUCCCUGAAAUCGACAUGCAAGCAAUUCUACCAUGCCGUCCCGGCCCUGAAUAUGGACGGACUCAUCGCCGCAGAACGGAAAAAAUCCGCCCACGAUAACGACCUCUGGGCCUGCUCCGUCUGCCUGCGCGUCAGAAAGGGCGAGCAUUUCGCCGACACGCAAAGAAACAAGCGAUCAAAGCUGGGGUCCAAGGCGAACAAGCGCUUUUGUAUCGAGUGCGGGACCAAAAUCCAGUCCAACGGAACUUCGCGCUACUUACCGGGCUCAUUGAUCUUUAACAAAGGCAGAAUAUACGUCGUGUGCCCGAAGUGCAAGCGCUGGGGAUUGGUUGGCUGCGAGACCUAUAUACGAUGGGUUGGCUGCGAGUCCUAUGCACAAGAAGUGGCGGCAGCCCGCCGUUCUUGUUACCUGGAACAGGAUGUGGAGGGGGUUGCAGAUUUCGGGCCAGAGCGAUACAUCGGCAUGAAGCAUCAAUUGACGACGAAACGAUAG